AAGAGAAAACUAUGCCCCAGUGGGCUCUGGCUUUAGUGGCCAAAAAAAUACUAGAGACAAGCUUUAGGCCUUGUGUUGCUGAGGCGCUGAGGUGUUGAUACAAAAAAUGGACACUGAGGAGCGAGCACUGAGCGCUGAGCCCACGACGACGACGGGCGUUGUGGUGAUAGCGGCCGAGAGCACUGCCUCGAUCCAGGAGACCAUCACGCAGGACCCGCUGGUGUUUGAGCUGGACCUGAGCCAUCGCCGCAUCGAGAGGCUGGAGCACUUUGAGCCGCUGCGACGCAUCCGGCGGCUGUCGCUGCGCUGGAAUCUGGUGAAGAAGAUCGAGAACCUGUCGACGCUGAAGACGCUCGUGGAGCUGGAGCUGUACGACAAUCAGAUAGCGAUCAUCGAGAAUCUGGAGGAGCUGACCAACCUGCAGAUACUCGACGUGAGCUUCAAUCGCCUCACCCACAUCCAGAAUGUGGAGAAGCUGGUGCGGCUGGAGAAGCUCUAUCUGGUGGCCAAUCGCAUCGCGGUGAUGGAGCAGCUGGGCGCCCUCACCAAUCUCACCAUGCUGGAGCUGGGCGACAACAAGCUGAAGCGCAUCGAGAACAUCGAGUCGCUGGUGAAUCUGCGGCAAUUGUUUCUCGGCAAGAACAGGAUCGAGCGGCUGGAGAAUCUGGACACGCUCGUCCAUCUGGAGAUACUCAGCCUGCAGGCGAAUCGCAUUGUGCGCAUCGAGAAUCUCGACAGGCUGACCAGCCUCCGGGAGCUGUAUCUGUCCGAGAACGGCAUCGAGACGAUCGAGAAUCUCGGUGGCAACAGGCAGCUGGAGACGCUCGACAUUGGCAAGAAUCGGGUGCGCUGCGUGGCCAAUCUGGAGGCGCUGCAGCAGCUGCAGGAGCUCUGGCUGAACCACAACGCCAUCGGGGAGUGGCAGUCGGUGGCGCUGCUGCGGGCCAACGGGGCGCUGCACACGCUCUACCUGGAGGCCAAUCCGCUGGUCAGGGACAUUCGCUAUCGCAGCAAGCUGUGCGAAAUACUGCCGCAGCUGCACAAAAUAGAUGCCACAAUGUGCGGCAGCCAGCCAAACAGCAGCACAGGCGCAGCCACAGGCCCAGGCCAAUAGGCAAGAGACUCUUCUGCAGUCUCUACCCAUCUCUCAGCUGUCAGCUCUGCAGCCUACAAAUUCCCAAGUUAUUCACAAAUUAAAAGCAAUAGCCAGCGACUCAGCGACUCAGCGACUCAGUGGCGUAGC